CGGAGGCGGAGGCGGCCGGCGCGGGCGGCCAGGGGCGCCGGGCCCCCGCGGACCUGUCGUCCUCGGCCGGUCCUCCGGCCCCGGCCCCGCGCGGCUGAGGAGGCGCGGCCGGGACCAUGUCGGCGGGCGGCCGUGACGAGGAGCGGCGGAAGCUGGCCGACAUCAUCCACCACUGGAACGCCAACCGGCUGGACCUGUUCGAGAUCAGCCAGCCGACCGAGGAUUUGGAGUUCCAUGGAGUAAUGAGAUUUUAUUUUCAAGAUAAAGCUGCUGGAAACUUUGCAACAAAAUGUAUUCGUGUCUCUAGUACUGCCACCACUCAAGAUGUAAUCGAAACGCUCGCAGAGAAAUUUCGACCUGAUAUGAGAAUGCUGUCCUCUCCCAAGUAUUCACUCUAUGAAGUGCAUGUCAGUGGAGAAAGAAGAUUGGAUAUAGAUGAGAAGCCUCUAGUUGUACAAUUGAAUUGGAACAAAGAUGAUCGGGAAGGCAGAUUUGUGCUUAAGAAUGAGAAUGAUGCCAUUGCUCCUAAGAAGGCUCAAAGUAAUGGACCUGAAAAGCAGGAAAAGGAAGGAGUUAUCCAGAACUUCAAGAGAACUCUCUCAAAGAAAGAAAAGAAGGAAAAAAAGAAGAGAGAAAAAGAGGCGUUACGACAGGCGUCUGAUAAAGAUGAUAGGCCUUUCCCAGGGGAGGACAGUGAAAAUUCUCGACUGGCUGCUGAGGUUUACAAAGACAUGCCUGAAACCAGCUUUACACGAACAAUUUCUAAUCCUGAGGUGGUCAUGAAACGGCGGAGGCAACAGAAAUUGGAAAAGAGAAUGCAGGAAUUUCGGAGCUCAGAUGGGCGGCCAGAUUCAGGUGGAACAUUGAGAAUUUAUGCAGAUAGUUUAAAACCAAAUAUUCCGUACAAGACAAUCCUGCUGUCUACUACAGAUCCUGCAGACUUUGCUGUUGCCGAAGCUUUAGAGAAGUAUGGUCUGGAAAAAGAAAACCCUAAGGAUUACUGCAUAGCCCGGGUUAUGCUUCCUCCUGGAGCCCAGCAUUCUGAUGAAAAAGGUGCUAAAGAAAUUAUUCUUGAUGAUGAUGAGUGUCCUUUACAAAUCUUCAGGGAAUGGCCAAGUGACAAAGGGAUUUUAGUCUUUCAGUUGAAGAGGAGGCCACCAGACCACAUCCCAAAGAAAACGAAGAAACACUUGGAAGGGAAGCCAACCAAAGGAAAGGAGAGAGCCGAAGGGUCUGGCUAUGGCUCCACCCUUCCCCCGGAGAAGCUGCCCUAUUUAGUAGAGUUAAGCCCAGGGAGAAGGAAUCACUUUGCCAACUACAACUAUCACACCUAUGAAGAUGGUUCUGACUCCAGAGAUAAGCCAAAGCUUUACCGCCUUCAAUUAAGUGUUACUGAAGUUGGGACAGAAAAGUUGGAUGACAACUCUAUCCAGUUAUUUGGCCCAGGAAUUCAGCCCCAUCACUGUGACCUCACCAACAUGGACGGAGUAGUCACUGUGACGCCCAGAAGUAUAGACGCAGAAACCUAUGUGGAAGGCCAGCGCAUCUCGGAAACCACCAUGCUGCAGAGUGGCAUGAAAGUACAGUUUGGGGCGUCCCAUGUAUUUAAGUUUGUGGACCCCAGUCAGGAUCAUGCUCUUGCAAAAAGAUCUGUGGAUGGAGGCCUGAUGGUUAAGGGCCCGAGACAUAAAACUGGAAUUGUUCAGGAGACAACUUUUGAUUUAGGAGGAGAUAUUCAUAGUGGGACAGCAUUACCGACAAGCAAGAGCACUACUAGGCUUGACAGCGACAGAGUGUCAUCUGCCACCAGCACAGCUGAGCGGGGGAUGGUGAAGCCAAUGAUCAGAGUAGAGCAGCAACCAGAUUAUCGCAGGCAGGAAAGCAGAACACAGGAAGCUUCUGGGCCUGAACUGAUACUGCCUGCAAGCAUUGAGUUCAGGGAAAGUUCUGAAGAUUCAUUCUUAUCUGCGAUUAUAAACUAUACUAAUAGCUCUACAGUCCACUUUAAGUUGUCCCCUACAUAUGUAUUAUAUAUGGCAUGCCGGUAUGUAUUGUCCAACCAGUACAGACCUGACAUCAGCCCUACAGAGCGCACGCACAAAGUCAUUGCAGUUGUCAACAAGAUGGUGAGCAUGAUGGAAGGCGUCAUCCAGGAAGUAGACCAGGUUGACCAGAAACAGAAGAAUAUUGCAGGGGCACUUGCCUUCUGGAUGGCAAAUGCAUCUGAACUUCUCAACUUCAUUAAGCAAGACCGAGACCUUAGUCGAAUCACGUUGGAUGCCCAAGAUGUUUUAGCACAUUUGGUUCAAAUGGCAUUUAAAUACUUGGUUCACUGUCUUCAAUCAGAACUUAAUAAUUACAUGCCAGCCUUUCUAGAUGACCCUGAAGAGAACAGUCUGCAAAGACCAAAAAUAGAUGACGUGCUGCACACGCUCACAGGAGCCAUGUCCUUGCUACGACGCUGCAGAGUCAAUGCCGCCCUGACCAUUCAGCUCUUCUCUCAGCUCUUCCACUUUAUCAAUAUGUGGCUGUUCAAUAGAUUGGUGACUGACCCAGAUUCAGGGCUGUGCUCACAUUACUGGGGCGCGAUCAUCCGUCAGCAGCUGGGCCAUAUUGAAGCAUGGGCUGAGAAGCAGGGGCUGGAGCUGGCUGCGGACUGUCAUCUGAGCAGGAUCGUGCAGGCAACGACUUUGCUUACCAUGGAUAAGUAUGCACCUGAUGACAUUCCAAAUAUAAACAGCACCUGCUUUAAGUUAAAUUCACUGCAACUUCAAGCCUUAUUACAGAACUAUCACUGUGCACCUGAUGAGCCUUUUAUCCCAACAGAUCUCAUAGAAAAUGUAGUGGCCGUGGCUGAGAACACUGCUGAUGAGCUGGCCCGCAGCGAUGGCAGGGAGGUGCGGCUGGAGGAGGAUCCUGACCUGCAGCUGCCUUUUCUUUUGCCAGAAGAUGGUUAUUCCUGUGAUGUUGUCAGAAACAUUCCAAAUGGUUUACAAGAAUUUUUAGACCCACUGUGCCAGAGAGGAUUUUGCAGGUUAAUUCCUCACACACGUUCACCAGGUACCUGGACCAUAUAUUUUGAAGGUGCAGAUUAUGAAAGUCACCUUCUGCGUGAGAACACAGAGCUGGCUCAGCCUCUGAGGAAAGAACCUGAAAUAAUCACUGUGACCCUAAAAAAGCAGAAUGGAAUGGGCCUCAGCAUUGUUGCAGCAAAGGGUGCUGGUCAAGAUAAACUAGGAAUCUAUGUGAAGUCGGUUGUGAAAGGAGGUGCUGCAGAUGUGGAUGGACGUCUAGCUGCAGGUGAUCAGCUCCUCAGCGUGGAUGGACGAAGUCUGGUUGGGCUCUCUCAGGAAAGGGCAGCAGAACUCAUGACAAGAACAAGCUCUGUGGUGACACUGGAAGUAGCAAAGCAGGGUGCCAUCUACCACGGUCUGGCCACCCUCCUCAAUCAGCCAUCCCCCAUGAUGCAGAGAAUUUCAGAUCGCCGUGGCUCAGGUAAACCCCGACCAAAGAGUGAAGGCUUUGAGCUCUAUAAUAAUUCAGCUCAAAAUGGGUCUCCUGAGAGUCCUCAGCUGCCUUGGGCAGAAUAUAGUGAACCAAAGAAAUUGCCUGGUGAUGAUAGACUGAUGAAAAAUAGAGCUGAUCACCGUUCCAGCCCCAACGUAGCAAAUCAGCCUCCUAGUCCUGGAGGGAAAGGUGCAUAUGCCUCUGGAACAGCAGCGAAGAUAACAUCUGUCUCUACUGGAAACCUCUGCACCGAGGAGCAGAGUCCUCCGCCUAGACCUGAAGCCUACCCCAUCCCCACUCAGACGUACACCAGAGAGUAUUUUACCUUCCCAGCUUCCAAAUCCCAGGAUCGGAUGGCUCCUCCUCAGAACCAGUGGCCAAAUUACGAAGAAAAGCCACAUAUGCACACAGAUAGUAAUCAUUCCAGUAUUGCAAUUCAGCGUGUGACGCGUUCCCAAGAAGAACUUCGAGAAGAUAAAGCUUACCAGCUUGAGCGGCAUCGAAUAGAGGCGGCCCUAGACCGCAAGUCCGACAGUGAUAUGUGGGUAAAUCAGAGCUCCUCACUGGACUCCAGUACAUCUAGCCAAGAGCACCUGAACCAUUCCUCUAAGCCGGUCACCCCUGCUUCCACGCUGACCAAAAGCGGCCCUGGCCGUUGGAAAACACCAGCAGCUGUACCGCCCACCCCUGUGGCCAUUUCCCAGCCCCUCCGAACAGACCUGCCUCCGCCACCCCCGCCACCUCCUGUCCACUAUGCUGGUGAUUUCGAUGGAAUGUCCAUGGAUCUGCCUCUCCCACCACCUCCUUCUGCCAACCAGAUAGGACUGCCAUCUGCGCAGGUGGCUGCUGCAGAACGGAAAAAGAGAGAAGAGCAUCAGCGCUGGUAUGAGAAGGAGAAGGCCCGCCUGGAAGAGGAGCGGGAGAGGAAGCGGAGAGAGCAGGAGAGGAAGUUGGGCCAGAUGCGUGCUCAGUCCCUAAAUCCUGCUCCGUUUUCUCCCCUGACCACACAACAGAUGAAGCCCGAAAAGCCUUCCACCCUCCAGAGGCCCCAAGAAACCGUCAUCCGGGAGCUGCAGCCUCAGCAGCAGCCCCGCACCAUCGAGCGCAGGGACCUGCAGUACAUCACAGUCAGCAAAGAGGAGCUGUCCUCAGGGGACAGUCUGUCCCCUGACCCGUGGAAGCGCGACGCGAAGGAGAAGCUGGAGAAGCAGCAGCAGAUGCACAUCGUGGACAUGCUGAGCAAGGAGAUCCAGGAGCUCCAGAGCAAACCGGACCGCAGCGCCGAGGAGAGCGACCGGCUGCGCAAGCUCAUGCUGGAGUGGCAGUUCCAGAAGCGACUCCAGGAGUCGAAGCAGAAGGAUGAAGAUGACGAGGAGGAGGAGGAUGAUGAUGUGGACACCAUGCUGAUCAUGCAGCGCCUGGAGGCUGAACGAAGAGCGAGGUUGCAGGACGAGGAGCGGAGGCGACAGCAGCAGUUAGAAGAGAUGCGUAAACGCGAAGCCGAAGACCGAGCGAGACAGGAGGAGGAGCGCCAUCGGCAGGAGGAGGAGCGAACAAAACGAGACGCUGAAGAAAAGAGGCGACAGGAAGAAGGGUAUUACAGCCGCCUGGAAGCUGAGAGGCGCAGACAGCACGACGAGGCGGCACGCAGGUUGCUGGAGCCCGAGGCGCCCGGUCUGUGCCGCCCUCCGCUUCCCCAGGACUACGAGCCCCCAUCCCCGUCCCCCACGCCCGGCGCCCCUCCCCCGCCUCAGCGAAACGCCUCCUACCUCAAAACACAGGUCCUCUCCCCUGACUCGCUGUUCACUGCCAAGUUUGUUGCGUACAAUGAGGAGGAGGAGGAGGAGGACAGCGGCCUAGCAGGACCAAACUCGUACCCAGGAUCUACUGGGGCAGCUGUUGGAACCCAUGAGGCGUAUCGGGAUGCAAGAGAGAAGCGCCCAAAAAGCCAAGAUGCAGAUGUCCCUGGAAGUUCUGGAGCCCCCGAAAACUUGACAUUCAAGGAACGCCAGCGUCUUUUUUCACAAGGUCAAGAUGUAUCCAAUAAAGUGAAAGCUUCUCGUAAAUUAACAGAACUGGAGAAUGAACUGAACACAAAGUGAAAAACAAAUGAGGAGGACACCUUGUCUUUACCCAAAAUCUUCUCAGCUGUGGGUGUGUAGGUGUGAAUCUAAGAGGAAAGGGGAGGGGGGUUAUAUUUCUAAGUGAUUUAUCAUUUCUGUUUCUACAAUUGUUGGGAUUUAGAAAUGUUUUAAUUCCAAGAAAUUUUAUUUUACUUUAUCAUGAGGUUGCCAUUUAUGUAAUUUAAACACUUGUCUAAUACCUUAAUUAUCUAACUCACAUGAAGAUAAGUUUUUUGUUGGUUUCUUUUUUGGAGUCUUGAGUUCAAAGGGGUCAGCACUAAGGGCAGGAGGGAGAAUGGGUGUGUCUUCGUCCCAUCUUCCCUCCGUCAUCCCCCUGAGGAGCACAGAGAAAUUCUGUUUCUGUUCUUCCAGAAACUUCAUUCUUGCUGUCAAGCAGACAAUAGCUUGAACUCUUCUGACUCUGGUUGGCUCUGUUUAGUAGUGACCACACACUCUUCUGCCCAAGAAACAACAUAUGACGACAUGCUCCUCUCAUGUCCCCUGACCCUGAUCGUUCUAUUCUGCAUCGUGAAACGGUUUAGGCCAAAGCUUCCUGUGCAGUGAUGCACACCCAAGACUUCCAUCUCAUUCCUCGCAAAUCUGAGCUCUCAUCAAUUCUAAAUAUUUGAUAAUUUUUAAUUCCGAAUGAAGAAAAUUUUGAGGAUUUAAGCUUAGGGGAUUUUAUUUUUAUAAAUACCAGAUUAUUGUUAGACUUAAUAAAUCACUGGUGAAUUUGAAGAUGACAGUUACAUUAGAAAGUUAAUGCUUCAGCUCUGCCAAGCCGUCUGUAAAGUCUCAUUUGAGCAAUGUUCAUGUGACUGGGAAUGGCAGAGAAUGGGAGGUGAGGAGGGACCCUCAAGCACAGCUGUCACUGAGAAUAUUACAUUUGAAGAAGAAAUAGGUUUUUCAGCUGUAUACCAUCAGGAAAAGGAAGGAAUUCAACCACAGGGCAUCUGUAACUUAAAUAUUGUAAGAAUAACUCAUAUGGAAGUUUGAACUAUUUUUUUACACUAUAAUAGAGUUAUUUAAUUUUAAUUUGUUGAAUUAUUAGUUACCACUGUCAUUUCUUCAGCUAUAGAUAUGUGGCUGAUGUUGGGGAGACGGACCUCAGUGUGUUUUAUGUUGUCUGGUGUUAAGAUAAUAAAUUACUUUGUGAUUACAAGCAAAUUUUUUAUUCGACAAAGCCCUCAGUGGGGUCCAGAUGAUUUUUCUGUACCAUAUUGUUCUCUUACACAUAAAUAUGUUAGGGAAAAACGCACACUUUCAAAAAGAAACAUAGGGGCUUUUACUGCCUUAGAAAUCACUUUUAAUAAGAGUUGUAUGAUAAAUCAUUAAAAUGCGAGUGUAAAUAUUUUUUUAUGUCUAUCAGGGUUCUCAUUUGAAAGUGUGCUCUUACUGUUUCCUUGUUUGAGUAAGAGAGUGAAAUGGUUCUGGGUGUUUCGGAGGGACUUGCUUGCUUGUGGCAGAAGUUCUAGGAAAAGCAGGCGCCUCCCAAAUACCUUGAGAACACUGGCGGCCUUAGGUGACUAAAUCCACACUUUCUUAAAAGAGAUGCAGAUGAAUUACUUUUCUGUUAAUAUAUAGAGAAAUACACAUGACGACAUGCAAAUAUGUGUAAAUAUCUACAUACAGGGAUAUUUCUAUGUGUGGUUGUAAAACCCAUCAACAAGUGGAUUUGGCCAUCUUUGGGCAAUUAGGUCAAAUGUGAAUAUGUAUAAAAGUGCUUUUCCUAACUGCAUUACUAUGGAGAAAACACCCACACUGCUGUAGUUUCCACUUCUGCUGUAUUUCAGUUGCAAUCUAUUUUUAAUAAACUUGGUAUGUAUUUAAGUGUAUUUGCUAUUGUUUUGAAAGUGCUGACGAAGUUUAUAUUUGUAACAUCAGCCUUCCUCGCCUGUCACUUUCCAUCUGUCUACUGACAUUAAACACUUACUGAAUAUGA